ACAGAAAAUUCGACAAUACUUCGUAGAAAUACUACCUUUGUGCGUAUCUCCUUCAUAGCAUACCGAAUCAGAAAAAGGUCCAUAAAAAGUCACACAAAGAGCAAACACGAAGAAACUUUCUCCCUUUCCUCCUCUACGUCGUAUACCUGA